AACAGGCUUUAUAGGGCUUUUAAAUAACGCUGUAUUGUAUUUUUAUAUGUUAUGACCUGCUCAAAAUGGCGGCACGGACAAGACGUUUGUAAACAGGAAGCGGGACACCCGUUGCGCAUGCGCAGUGUGUCUCCCGUGCUCCCUGUAAAGAUGUCUGAGCGGCGGGGAGGGAGAGAGCGAAGGAACAGAAACAAGAGGACAGAACCACAGACUCUGCGCUACUUAAACAAGUCGAUGACGUCAUUCUGAAGAGGAGCUGAAAUGUCCAAUGACAGCCAGGGAUCUGUGAAGGGGGAGGCGGCCACAAGUGCCUCUCCCUCUGACUCUGCCUCCUCUCAGGCUCCGCCCCUUUCUCCGACCAAACCACCUGAGCUGCCAGAUGAACUGGUGCAGGCAGGCUGGUCUAAGUGUUGGUCUCGGAGGGAGAACCGUCCGUAUUAUUUCAACAGAUUCACCAAUCAGAGUCUGUGGGAGGUGCCGGUGCUGGGUCAGCAUGACGUCAUUUCUGAUCCUUUAGGUCUGAAUGCGGCGCCUGCAGAGGGGGGGGACAGUAACCUCGGUAACGGCCAGAGGAAGAGGAGGAACUCUGAGGAGCAGGGGGCGGGGCCUAACAGCAUCAAAAGACCCAAGGUGGAGCCCACCACUCCCAUCUCUCCCAGCACCCCCGGGCUGAAACCCUGGAGCUCCGCUCCCGAGGACAAACAGGUCCCGCCGGCCACGCCCACAACUCCAAGCCCCGCCCCCGCUCCAUACAGACCAGCUGUGAUCUACUGGGAUCUGGAUGUUCAGACCAAUGCUGUGAUCAGAGAGCACCCCCCCGCCAACCACCUGCACCCCCACCCUGAGAUCGAGCUGCAGAGAGCCCAGCUGGUCACCAAACUCCGUCAACACUACCACGAGCUGUGCCACCAGAGAGAAGGUAUCGACCCGCCCAGAGAGUCGUUUAACCGCUGGCUGCUGGAGAGGAAAGUGAUCGACAAAGGUCAGGACACUUUCCUGCCGAGUGACUGCGACCCGGUCAUCUCGCCCUCCAUGUUCAGAGAGGUCAUGAACGACAUUCCCAUCAGGUUGGCCCGUAUUAAAUACAAAGAGGAGGCCCGGAAGCUUCUGUUUAAAUACGCUGAAGCCGCCAAGAAGAUGAUCGACUCCAGGAAUGCCAGUCCGGAGAGCAGGAAGGUGGUGAAGUGGAACGCUGAAGACACCAUGAGCUGGCUGCGCCGAGAUCACUCCGCCAGCAAGGAGGACUACAUGGACCGUCUGGAGCACCUGAGGAAACAAUGCGGCCCUCACCUCACCGCCGUCGCCAAGGACUCAGUGGAGGGAAUCUGCUCCAAGAUCUACCAGCUGUCUGUGGAGUACAGCCGCAGACUGAGGAGCAUUCACCUGGCUCUGCUGCCAGACCCCCCCACAGAGGCCAGUGGUUCCCCCCCCCAGCAGAGGUUGGUGUACUGCUUCCCGGUGCGUCUGGCCCCCCCCUCGCCGCCCCUCCCCCGCGUGGAGCUGCACUUUGAGAACGACGUGGCCUGCCUGCGCUUCAAAGGGGAGAUGGUGAAGGUCAACAGAGGUCACUUCAGCAAACUGGAGCUGUUGUACAGGUACAGCUGCAUCGAUGACCCUCGCUUUGAGAAGUUCCUGACCAGAGUCUGGUGCCUCCUGAAGAGAUACCAGGUGUUGUUUGGCAGCGGUGCUAAUGAGGGCAGCGGCCUGCAGGGGGCGCUGCCGGUUCCCGUGUUCGAGGCGCUGAUGCGACAGUUUGGAGUUUCUUUCGAGUGUUUCGCCUCGCCGCUCAACUGCUACUUCAAACAGUUCAGCUCCGCCUUCCCCGACACCGACGGAUACUUCGGAUCCAGAGGGCCGUUCCUGUCUUUCUGUCCGGUCAGCGGCUCCUUUGAAGCCAACCCUCCCUUCUGUGAAGAGCUGAUGGACGCCAUGGUGACCCACUUUGAGGGUCUGCUGGAGAAGUCCUCUGAGCCGCUGUCCUUCAUCGUCUUCGUUCCUGAGUGGCGCGACCCCGUGACCCCGGCUCUGACCCGGAUGGAGGCCAGUCGGUUCCUCCGGCACCAGAUGACCGUCACAGCGUUCGAACACGAGUACCGGUCCGGCAGCCAGCACAUCUGCAAGAGGGAUGAGAUGUACUACCGGGCGGUCCAUGGUACUGCAGUUAUUUUCCUCCAGAACGACGCUGGUUUUUCUAAGUGGGCUCCGACCCCUGAGCGCCUGGCCGAGCUCACGGCGGCGUACCAGCCCUCCCCCUCCUGCCCCCCCCCCCAUGUCCUCUCCUGGCCCCGCCUCCACAGAGAAAGACUCCGCCCCUAAGCCUGCUGAUAGGCCGCAGAGUGCUGUGAUGUCACCAGGUAGCCAUGAUGACAACAACAACAACAACGGCAACAACACGAACAGCAGCAGCAGCAGCAGCGGCAGCAGUCCUGUAGAAAAAGUGGCCGCUGUGUAAACAAAAUGACCCCGCCUCCAUAGAGAAAGACUCCGCCCCUAAGCCUGCUGAUAGGCCGCAGAGUGCUGUGAUGUCACCAGGUAGCCAUGAUGACAACAACAGCAACAACACGAACAGCAGCAGCGGCGGCAGCGGUCCUGUAGAAAAAGUGGCCGGCGUGUAAAAAAGUGUCUCCUUUUCACCCGUGUACAGUUUUCUGUUUUUCAUUGUUUGUUUUGAUCGUCGUCUCUUCAGAUUGUCCCUCACCAGCACCUGUAGCAUUUGUCCACAUACCCACAAUGCCAUUCUGCAGCCGCCAGCAGCUCUUCUGAUUGGUCGAAGAUCUGACAUCACGUCGCCUGGAGCGUAUGUUCAUGUCCAGGUGGUGGCUUAGCCAACAAGCAGCCAAUGAGAUGUCGGAGCUCCAGCAAUAAAAACAUUCUCACUCAGCUGUGAUGUGAUUGGUCCCCCCCCACCGACAGACAGGGCUUGGUGAUUGGUUGAAAAAAAGGCAGCUAUAGUUUCUAUUGGACUCUUCUUCAAGCCCUGCCUCCCUGGGAAGGCCUGGCCAAUCGGUGCACAUCUCUCAGAGGUGGUGCAUUGUGGGACAUGGAGUCAGAGCAGGUUCCCGACGUUAGGUCGUUAACGGGAAGGCGGCAGAAUAAUGAAAGUGAGAGAACAGACGGGACUCGAACCGUCAGAGAGGACAGACGGGACUUGAACCGGUCAGAGAGGACAGACGGGACUCGAACCGGUCAGAGAGAACAGACGGGACUCGAACCGGUCAGAGAGGACAGACGUCUUUUUUUAACUUGUGUUUCAGAGUCAUGAGAAGUGAACUAGACAGGACUCUUUAAUCACAACAUAAACACAGCUUUCUUCCCCGUACCGCUCUAAAUAUUCACUUUUAGGUGCUGUUGCACUGCACACAAUGACAUCACAUUGUUAUUACACAAUGACAUCACAUUGUUAUUACACAAUGAACUGAAAGGACAAAUUAAAGACAAUUUCAAUUCAUCUUUCUCUCAACGGUUACCUUUUUACUUUUCUGGAACCACCCUUAAUUUAGUGCUUCAUAUUGUACAACAUGAAGUCCUCUGGUUGGCAGACUCACACUGUCUUCUGAUUGGCCCACUGUCUCCGGGCGCUGUCCUCUGAUUGGCUGACGGUCUCCGGGCUGUUUCCGGGGGACUUUCACAGCGCGCUGUCCUCUGAUUGGCUGACUGUGUUCAGAAACUGUCCUCUGAUUGGCUGACGGUCUCCGGGCUGUUUCUGGGGGACUUUCACAGGGCGCUUUCCUCUGAUUGGCUGACUGUCUCCGGGCUGUUUCCGGGGGACUUUCACAGGGCGCUGUCCUCUGAUUGGCUGACUGUGUUCAGAAACUGUCCUCUGAUUGGCUGACUGUGUUCAGAAACUGUCCUCUGAUUGGCUGACUGUGUUCAGAAACUAUCCUCUGAUUGGCUGCCUGACUCCGGGCUCUCUCCUCUGAUUGGGUCCCUGUCUCUGGGAGCUGUCCUCUGAUUGGCUGACUGUAGAUACUGUACAGUUAAACUGAUAUGAAGUCUGUUGAUAUUUUGCUCAUCUGCUGUUAAAUUGAUUGAAAAAACAAAUGUAAUUGUUCUUUUUUUAUUUGAUUUAAUUUAACAUUUUUAAAAAGAGAUGGAAAAGUGUUGAUACAGUCUAUGAUAGUUUGUUUUAAACUAAACCAAAGUGUUAUUAAAAAAAUCUAUAUGACCUUGUAUGUAAAAGUAGAAGUGUGUAUGCGCCAAUCUAACAGCAUUAUUUUUAUAACUCUCCGCCCGUCUCUCUGUUUUUAUGCUAUGUCGUUAUUUGGGUUUUUGUUGUGCAUGAAACCUUUUGGACAAAAUCAUCCUGAAUGUUUCUCAGACGGUGUUUGCCGCUGCGCCAACAACACAUGAGCUGGAAACCAGAUGUAAUCCCCAUCGUGAUACAGCAGAGGUUCUAAAGGGUAGCCACAUGCUGUAUGUCCUAACCACUGAUGUCUUCUCUGAGCACGCUGUGUUUCUAGAGACAUGUUACUGACCUGGUUUUAUCUUUACAAUGAAAUGGACUUUGAUGCUUUGAUGUUUUAAAUGGUUGUGUUGAUGAAGACAUCGUGGUUGGUUAUUACAUAUUGCAUGUGUUAUUACAAUGUAAUCAAAUAAAAUGCAACUCCCACAUUUUUCAUCAA